UGCUUUGUAUCCCUGGCUUGCGCCAUUGGGCCUAAAAAGUCACAGGAGCUGGAUUUUUCUAACUGUCAAGAUGUUGGGGUGGUGGGAGGGUGAUUGUGUUACUAGGAAGAGCCAAAGGCAGGAAUGCUGUGACUCAAUUAGGAGAAGAAAGUGAAAGGCUGGAAGGAGGCUUUAUCCAUUCAACAAAGUUUUGUUGAGCAUUGACUAGUUGCUAGAUAGUUUUCAAGGUCUGAGGAUACGGAAGUGAACAAAAUUAACAAAAAUAUCAGCUGUCCUAAAGCUGUCAUUCUUUUAUUAGUAGGAAGAGAGCAAAACAAUAACUAUAGUAAGUAAAUCAGACUGCAUGUUAGAAAGCGAUUGUUAUGGGACAAAAAUUUUUAAAGGCAAGGUAAGGAGAUCAGGGUAGGUCUCCUUGAGAGGUGAGAGAGUGUUUCAUAUAGAGGGCAUUCAAAGCAAAGUCCUAAGAGAAGCAUCAGCAUGGAGAGGCUUAAAAUGGCAAAGAGGCCGGUGUGGCUGAGUAGAAUGAAAUAAGAAGUGAAGAAGCAGAAAUAGGGUAAAUCCGAGAAGUAAGAUGGAGCCAGCCACAAGUGGUUUAAGGCAGUGAUUCUUCCGGUGUGGUACAGCCUCAGCAUUACGUGGAACUUGUUAGAAGUACAGACCCCACCUCAGACUUACAGACUAGCCAGAAACUCUGGAGGUGGGGCUGAACAAUCUGUUUUAAGAAACCUGGAUGAAAAAAAAAAAAAAAGAAACCUGGAUGAUAAAGUCUGAGAACCACUGUGGGGCUUGGUAGACAAUUUUGACUCUGGCUUGUCAAUGCCCUCCAGCCAGAGACCAGCUGGAACACGCCCCCAAUUAAACAAGUCGGGUUUAUUACCCCUUGCUGUGAGAGAGCAGAUAAUGUAGAGAACCUUUGGAUAGCUCGCUAAGAGUGUUGGAAAGAACCGAUUACAGGAUUUGGGUUUUGGGUGACUCGGGGGCAGGUUUAAGGAAACAAAGCUUCGCUUUGGAUCGGGAGCUAUCAAAAAGCAGGGACAAUUCUAUGGUUGGGUAUCUGAAAAAAUAGAAGAUGGGCAAACUAGAGCAAGGAUAAAGCUGUUUUUGGUAAAGAAGCAGCAGUCACUCAUAUUAGCAGAGAGAAGAGGAUGUUUGACAUUUCAGGGUUGCACAAUGACCUUGUUUUUGUCUGCUUAGACAAAAUUAUGAAGUGGCCUUGUUUUGUCUCAUUUUGUCAUAGUCUGAGUGACCCUGUCUGAUGUUGGUGUUCUGUGACAUUGUUAUAUCCAACAGGAGAAUAACAGCCUAGCUGUGAGUGCCAGGUCGGCUAACAACCCUGAGACCUCGUUGGGUCAGACCAGUUCCGAUGUCAGGGGUUGCUUUUGUCUUUGUUAGGCUUUUACUCUGAAAGAGGAAGUUACUGGAGGGUUUUGAACAGAGUAACCUGAUCAGACCUGUUCUGAGUAUGGGCCAUGUGACCAAUGAUGUCACAAUGCCCUACUGGAUUCCAACGUCUCCACUAGGGAGUUGCGGAUCCCUUGGAGUCAAGGACUGAAACAGACAUGCAAGACCUCUGCCAACUGAGGGUUUUAUGAGCAUACUCCUUUGCCAAGAUCUUGGUGAAGAGUCUUUCACUGAGCAAUUGUGUCUUAGAAAUUGUCAUGAUUGUGCUUGGCUGGCUGUUUUUUGUUGGACUUGCAUGUUACAUGGGCACAUUUCCAAAGUUCACGCCUUCAACUCUGAGGUGGAAAGAAAGGUGGCCUGUUCAGGAGAGCAAGGCACACAGGAGGAGCAAGGCUUUGGAUGAAGAUCUACAACUGUGAGUGGUAGUCAGGAACAAUGUGGAAGGGAUAUAAAUAUCCCCCAGGAGGGACCCCUCUGGAAAUAAGCAACGAUGAUCCUGGUGAAGAAAUGCAGCUCUGAAGCUCACCUGACCAGCUGUAUAGUUCCUGUUGUUGGUUUCGCAUAAAGUCAUUGCACGUUACUUGGUCACAUUUUAUGUAAAAAGUUACUGCACUUUUUAAGAUGAAGACUUGGCAUUCUGUUAGUUCGAAAUGGAGAUGGAGGAAGGGAAGUAGUCAGGGUGGAUGGGAGUGAUUGAAUCUCCUCUGUUUCAUAGUCCCUAAGGUUGGUAUUAAGAUUAAGAGACUGCUCAAUUUGUCCUCUGUUCUGUAUCCUUAAGGACAGAAAUACUUGACAGCUCUAUAGACCUAUUUCCCAUGUAAUGUUUUUCCUGGACCCAGGGUUGAAAAAAUGUUAAAUGUCAAGGGAUUGCAGGAACAUUAAGCCUAUUUGGGGGGGGUAUUUCUCUGUGGCUUUUUCACAGCGAUUAUUAAAGAACCCAAAGCUUA